UCAUGAUAUUAAAAAACAUUAUUCAUGCUAAAAUUAUUUUAUUUUUAUUUUAUUUUAUUUUAUUUUUUUUUUGAAAAAUGAGUAGUCCUAUUAACAGAAUUGGAUUAGACUUUGGAACAACUUACACUGGAUUUGCAUAUUGCCAUGUUAGUGAUGAAGAUAAUAUAUGUUCAAAUGAUAGUUGGAACGGCGAUGUAGGUCAAUUAAAAACAAAUACGGUACUUCAAUAUGACAAUGAAUAUAAUAAUGUAAAACUUUGGGGUGCACCAGCUUUAGCUAAAAAAAAAAGUCGUAGAACAAGAAAACAAAAAAAUAGCGAAAAUAAUAAACCCAUUGAAUUGUUUAAAUUACAUUUGGGUGAUUUAUUAGAUGAAUUUAAACCAAAACUACCAGUUGAUUACAAAAAAGCUAUUACCGAUUAUCUUAGAGAAAUCGGAAAGGUAAUUAAAGAAACUAUCGACACACGUUGGCCAAACAUUGAUUACUUUGAAAAUGUUCUUUUGGUUAUUACUGUUCCUGCAGAAUUUUCUGAUAAGGCGAAAGCAAUUAUGAGAAUAUGUGCAUUUGAUGCAGAAUUGAUUAAAGAAAAAUAUUCAAAAAAUUUACAAUUUACUACAGAACCCGAGGCGGCUGCGAUAUAUUGUAUGAGUAAUCUUGAAGGACAUGAUCUUACACAAGCAGGAACCAAUUUUAUGAUAGUCGACUGUGGUGGGGGUACAGUAGAUUUAACAACUCGUAAAUUGGUAAAAAAUGAUCAAUUGGCCGAAGUAACCGAAAGAACCGGAGAUUUUUGUGGAAGUACUUUUAUUGAUGUCGAAUUUCUUAAAUAUUUACGAAAAACAAUUGGAGAUGAACCUAUGGAUUUACUCAGAGAUAAUCAUUAUGAACAAAUGCAAUAUUUAGUACAACAAUUUUGUGAAAAUGGUAAAAUUCCUUUUACAGGAGAUGAUCCAGACUUUGUAUAUGAAGUGGAUAUUCGAGAUGCGGCACCAAUCUUAGAACAACAUGUUAUUGAUGAUGAUAUCAGGAAAACUUUAGAUGAUGAUGAAUGGGUAAUUGAAAUUGAUUUUGAAACAAUGAAAUCAAUAUUUGAACCAGUUGUCCAAAAGAUUCUUCACUUAAUAAAAGUUCAACUGGAUGGUAAUGCUCAAGAAACUUGUUCUGCAAUGUUCUUAGUUGGAGGAUUUAGUGAAUCAAAAUAUUUACAAAAAAGAAUUAAACAAAAGUUUAGUAGUCAAGUUGAUAUUAUUUCAGUACCUACUCGACCUAUAGCAGCAAUUUCACGUGGAGCAGCAAUUUAUGGAUUGUCUAUAAGAUUAAAUGAUUUGAAUAAUGUAGAAAAUGAUGAAUGUAUUAUUUCUUCAAGAGUUCUUAAAUAUACUUAUGGAAUUAGCUAUUGUACUAAAUGGAAAGAAGGAGAUCCAGAAAAUAGAAAAAAGCAUGGUGACCUUAUUGAAAAAUUUCAUCGUUUAGCUGAACGUGGUACUAAAACAGAUAUUAAUCGAGAAGUUACAAAAUAUUUUGCACCAGUUGAUUGUUAUCAAACACAAGCAAAACAUAAAUUAUAUUAUACUCAAGCGUAUGAUGCGGAAUACUGUGAUGAACAUGGAGUGAAUCUUUUAGGAGAACUUUGUAUUGAACUUCCCGGUUCAGGUCUUGAUAGACGGCUAAUAUUUGGAUUAACUUUCGGAAAUAUGGAAAUUACUGCUACUUCAAAAAAUGAACGUACUGGACAAAGAUGCAAUACUACUUUCAAAUUUAAUUUGGAAGAUAAACUUGAUUUGGUUCUUAGAUGAGUAUUACUAACCUUCCGGUACAAUUAUUUGUGAAAUAUCAUCUUCUACUUGAACAGAUUUUUUUAAUUAAAUUUUUGUUGUUAAUUAUUUACGCUUUCUUUGAAGACUAUUAUGUGUAAUAUGUUAAAAGUCAUAUAUAUUAUGAGUACAUUUCAUUUCACACGUUAUUUGUAUUUAUCUAAUCGAUGAAAGUUUUCAUUGAUUAAACUAUAUGUGAUAUUGUUAUAUCAUCAAAAUAAAUUCAAACUCUUUAUAGUAGAAAAGAUUUUAAUUAAGCACUGAAUUUGAAAGUGUAAGAGAAUCAU